CACUCUCCCUGCUUUCAGUCUCUUGCUGCCUUCCCAAGCAGUUCUUUGCUUUGGGUCUUGUGCUGCCACGAAGCCCUCUUUUAUUCUAUUUUGUUCUUUUUCAUUUGUUAAAGAGGGCGCCUCCUCUUGUAGAUUUCCCUUUUUUCUUCCCCCUCCCUCUCCUCUCGCUCUAGGAUCAAAACCUCUCACUUUAAGCCACUCUUGCUCCAUCUUUCCUAUGCAUGUCUCUGUGGCUGAGGGGAACAGGGACCGGACUCUCCCCUCUUCCUCUCUUCUUCUUCUUCCUCCUCCUCCUCUUCCACCUCCUCUGCCUCUCCAUCCUCCACUUCACCUCUUGUCUGCUCACUUCCUAACGGAGGGAUCAUGUUCUAUUUCCAGCUGGUGAUCAUGGCUGGGACUGUGCUGCUGGCUUACUACUUUGAGUACACGGACACGUUUCCUGUGCACAUCCAAGGCUUCUUCUGCUACGACAAGACCUUCUCUAAGCCGUACCCAGGUCCGGACAACACCAGCAAGAUCCCACCUGUGCUCAUCUACUCACUUGUCACAGCUGUACCCACCCUCACGAUUCUUGUAGGGGAGCUGUGUGCGUUCUUCACAAAGGCAGAGGGAACCCAGGAGAAGACCAUUGUCACUGCAGACUGCUGUUACUUCAACCCCCUACUGAGACGCAUAAUACGCUUUCUUGGUGUCUAUACUUUUGGCCUGUUCACUACCACCAUUUUUGCCAACGCUGGCCAGGUUGUAACAGGAAACCAGACGCCUCACUUCCUGUCUGCCUGCAGACCAAACUACACAGCACUAGGUUGCCAGUCCACAAUGCAGUACAUCACAGAGCGCCGUGCCUGUACAGGAAACCCACUUGUUGUCAUGUCCGCACGGAAAUCCUUCCCAUCCAAGGAUGCAGCACUCAGUGUCUACUGCGCACUGUACACAGUGAUGUACGUGACACUGGUGUUUAAGACCAAAGGCACACGGCUGACCAAGCCCACCAUCAGCCUGACCCUGCUCUGUUUGGCCAUGCUUGUAGGAAUUGUCAGAGUGGCUGAGUAUCGCAACCACUGGGCUGACGUCCUGGCGGGAUUCUUUGCCGGGGGAUCCAUUGCAGUGUUUUUGGUGACUUGUGUGAUUAACAACUUUCAGCAGUUGCAGCCAAGCCCUCUUCCUCUGCAACCCCAGCGGCCUGAGUCGAUGCUAGGCAUGCCGAUGGUGACGAUGCCAUGUGUGGAAAGUCCACUCGAAAAACUCCACGGGGAUCUCCGUUCACUGAGAUCACAUGACCAUCAGCCCUAUCGGUUCCCCAUCACCCCCGAUGUCAUCAUACCGUCUCGCUCCAUUUCCAGCGAAGUCUAGAUCAGUCGGAGCAGCACUCGCCCCACUGUGCGGCCCAUCCGGCCGGACGGUACGCAACGCUGCAUCGCUCCUAUUCCACGCAGGUCUAGACCCCCCUUGAUAAACAAACACCCUACCAUGUUGCCCUCUAUACCCCCGGGGAACCGAUAGGCAAACUCUUAAAAAGACUUUCUCUUUGAUGGACUCUCCUUAAAGAGCAGGACAUUCUUUAUGGAGUCAGGUGAAACUCUAUCUUUUGUUUUUGUAUGUUAUAACUGAAGACCUUGGUUGUUCUUUUUUUGUAUAAACUCUGAUAUGGGAACUGUGACCACUGAGAAUGUCCAAUCUUUUAAUUUUACUGUGGUCAAAUAAGUUUUCAAUGUUUGAAGGAAGCAUGUGCUGAAAACUAAAAGUGAGGAUAAACUUCCUGUUUGUCCCCUAAGACACUCUAUUAUUUGGAGUUUAUCAUGUUGGACCAAAAAGAAAACAGCUAAGAGAUCCAUGUGCUGCUGAGAUUUAUUUGUAGAAAGCUCCUUUCAGCAAGCCAUAUGCACAUAGACAAACAAACAUGUUUACUUGCGUCAGUUUUUUGGUGUUUACAAAAUCUGAGAUAAAUGGCCAGGGGACUUUUACUAACCCUUACCAUAUUUUUUGUAGUCUUAACCUAAUCCUUACCCUAUUCAUAAUCUUACUCAUCACUUAACCAAACUCCUAAUUUAAGCACUAUUCCAAAAUUUUCCUUUUGCUAACUUGGCAUACGAUUUUUGUCCACAGCUGCUCAAUAAACUGAUCUUAAGUUUUGUUUCUGUCCCUAAAAGUGAUGGAAGUCUUACCCAAAACCUCACACACUUGACAACAGCAUAGAUGUUGCAGUCUGAGUAGCAGUUCCAUUACUGGCUCCACACAGGGUUUAUUUUGAUUGAAGAAUUCCUCUCAGAUCUCUCAGUGGACACAGCAAACAGGAUGGAAGUACCAACACCUUCACUUGGCUUUCUUCUCCUUGUUUUUUUUUUUUUUUUUUCUUUUCUUUUCUUUUUUCUUUUUUUUUUUGGAUCAGGUGGUUGCAGCUUCGCCAAAAUCUAAUGUGAAAUACAAACACUUUUGAUAAAACAAAGCCAAGCUCUUGACUGCAGGUGGCAAAACAGUGACACGAAUCAAGUGCAUCUCAAUCAGGAACAUUUUUUUGCUGUACUUUUUUGAAAUGAGAAGUCGACAUGCAAAACACCUCUGUGAUUCCAGCAGGCUAUUCUUUACUUGCUUUGGUUGUUUUAUCACUCCUCAACAGCAUUUCCCACUAUGAACUGAUUUUUUUUUUUUUUUUUUUUUUGAGAAUUUUUGGAAGGGUUACAAAAGACUGCCUCAGUCAUGUAAUUAUUGUGAUUUGUUUUCAGAUUUGUUAAUAGAUUUAUUCUUUGAUAUAUAUGUAGAGUGUGGUUGCCAUAAGCGCUCAGUUUGGCGUGACAGUUUUGCUGAUUUUGAUUUGCACAUUCCAUCAAACACAUUUUUUUAUUCACCCUCCUCUUCAUCUUUUCACACUGUCUGUUUAGCUCCUGUCUCUGUGACAUUAGUUUCUUGCCUAUAAUACCAUCAUCGUGCUGUGAAAUGUUUCCCUCUGCUGGACAACACACAAAAACAGAGACCUGCACAUAAAAAUAAAGACAUUUUUACAAUGCACACACCAUUCACAUGUUUCAAAAGCACACAGUCACACACAUACCCCGUGUCCUAGAUGUAAAAAUGUGUUUGUAUGAUAAUGCAAAUAAAACUUUUUUCUAUUAAGCUUGUGAUGUUUACACAAGCUUCACCAACACUUUAUGUAGAGAAUGGGGACUAUAUUGUGCUAAUAAUGAUGAACAGUGUAAAUGAAGGUGCUGUAUCACUCCUAAACCAACAUCAGAUUUGUCUGAAAACACCCAGAUGGCUCAUUCUUCGAGUCAAAUGUCUGUUGGACAGCUGUUGGAACUGUUUACUCAUGUUUUCUGCUGUAUGUUUAUUGGAGAAUGAACUCAAAGUCCUCUGUGUUUGGAAUUCAGAUAUAAGCAUAAAACAUGGAUUUAAA